GGUAUCAUGGAGGAACUUGCCCGGGGAAGCAUCAGCCUGCUGGCCCGGUCUGCGUCUCAUGCGGACCCCCCUCGGCUCGGCUCAUUUGGUGCCGUGUUCAUCAUGCUGAAGUCUGCGCUGGGAGCUGGACUGCUCAACUUCCCCUGGGCCUUUCAGAAGGCGGGAGGAGUCAACAUAGCAGUCAGUGUGGAGCUGGUCUCUCUGGUAUUCCUCAUCAGUGGUCUGGUCAUCCUCGGCUAUGCGUCAUCUGUCAGUAGGCAGAUGACGUAUCAGGAUGUGGUUAGAGAGGUGUGUGGACGAGCCGUGGGACAACUCUGUGAAGUCUGCUUCUGCUUCAACCUCUUCAUGAUAAGUGUGGCUUUCCUGGUGGUGGUGCAAGAUCAGCUAGAAAAAUUGUGUAUUUCUUUAUAUGAGAUGGUAACUGGGUCAAGUGAGGCAGAAAUGCCUUAUCACUGGUACACUGACCAGCGCUUUGCCCUGUUCAUCAUGUGCUUUGUCAUCAUCCUGCCACUGUCCAUCCCAAAAGAAAUCGGCAUCCAGAAAUAUACAAGUGUGUUAGGAACGCUGGCGGCUACAUACCUGUGCGUGGCAGUGAUUGCCAAGUAUUACCUGAUGGACACGCACACAGCUGUAAUAACUCCAGAGCACAGCCAAGGUGUGGGUUCAUGGGCAUCCAUGUUCAGUGUCGUACCAACAAUUUGCUUUGGCUUCCAGUGCCAUGAAGCCUGUAUAGCCAUUUAUAGCAGCAUGGAGAACCAGAAGCUCUUCCACUGGGUGGUCAUCUCUGUGCUCUCCAUGUUUUUCUGUUUGCUCAUCUACACUCUCACAGGUGUGUACGGCUUCUUGACAUUCGGACAAGACGUCGCCUCAGAUAUUUUGAUGUCAUAUCCAGGAAACGAUGUUGUAAUGAUCAUUUCGAGACUUCUUUUUGGAAUAUCAAUUGUCACAAUCUAUCCUAUCAUCCUUCUUCUUGGAAGAUCUGUCGUUCUUAACCUGAUGUUACGAGUUGAAAGACAUCGUAGAGGAAUUGUCUCUCAUUCAUUUGAGAGUCGCUGCAGAGUCGUUCUAACUGUGGCCUGGAUCGCCUUGACUCUCGUCAUCGCUAUGUUUGUUCCAGACAUGGCUGAUGUAAUCAGCGUCAUCGGAGGAAUCAGUGCCUUCUUCAUCUUUAUCUUUCCUGGUCUUUGCUUAGUGUUUUCAAUGCAAAACGAAGAUGUUUCUCCAAGAGUCGGCAUGAUUUUAACAGUUUGGGGAGUCAUAACAAUUGUCGUUGGAGCCUUCAUCUUUGGACAGAGCACCACCCUCGCAGUCAUGGAGAUUUUCAACAAAUUCUGAAUUCAUCUUCAGCAGACAAAAUAUGCGGUCUUUACCAUUUUCACAACUGAAAGUUGUAAUUGUGAAGGUGACUUUUAUUUGUAUAUUUGGUCCUGGGUGGGGUGGGGGGCUGUUUCUGUCUGAUUGCAAUAUUUUCAUGAUUGUGAUGUAUAAAUCUUUGAAUGGAGUGCAUCUUAAUUAUUAACUCAUGAGAAGGUGCCCAAAGUAUAUGAUUGUUUGAUUGACACACAUAUACAUAUAUAUAUAUAUAUAUAUAUAUAUAUAUAUAUAUAUAUAUAUAUAUAUAUAUAUAUAUAUAUAUAAUGUCUGUUGAGCCUUUACUUGUACCUACAAAUCACCACCAGGGGGCAGUGCGGCACCAUUUAGAAAUGUACAGAUUUCCGUAUAUAUACUGUAUUUGUUUAGCUGUGCGUCGACAUUUUAAGAUGAUGGACUUCUAGAUAAUUUUGAUAUGCUAAUCACAUUUCUGAAGUGUAUUCAAAAUAGAAAUAUUCUGCAAUUUUCAAUUACAAAGUAAUACAAAAAGUUUUUUAUCUUCCAUUCUUUUCUUUCUUUUUUGCUAUAUUAUACUGUCUUUUUUUCACUAGCCCGAAUUUGAACAAAUUUGUAUUCAACUCCCAGAAUAAAAUAUAUGUGGGACUCAUUGGUGAGCUUGUGUUGGCAUGUAAGUGAGCUUUGUUUUAAUUAAAUCUGGAAUCGGGUGUUUGGAUCUUGGUCUAUGAGAGUGUGAUGAAAGAAAAGAAAUUGAUUUAUUUCAAAGAAAUGCAAAAAAAAGAAAUAAGUGUAGAUUAA